AAAGGUCAACUUUCGGACGUGGACUAGCACCAUGGAGGCUACUGGGAGAUCCAUAGUUGGACUUUUAGGGCCACUCAUUGUCCCUCUGAGCGUGUAGGAGAGAGUCGUUCAGCGUUCAAGAAGAGAAGAUCGCUCAACGCCUAUUUCCAGAGAGAACUUUGGAAGGCGACAUCCUGCGGAUCGCGGCCUGAAGGGGAGUCAGGAGAGACUCAAGCAAGCAGUCAGAAGCCGUUCAUAACCCAACAAGAUGCCGAGGUUGUGCAUUCUGCUGCUGCCUGUCUGCUCUUUGCUCGUUCUGGCGCCAGCAGGUGGCGAGAGUCGUCCUACGUCUGUUUGGGCGAGUGUGGGACCACAGGGACCAGGGACGCCUUCUAUCUGGGCCCCUGUAGGACACACGCCUCAACAGGAUUUCCAUAACCCAGUAUCUAUUGACGACACCUCUCCACGCACACCCUCCAACAGACCAUCAUCCAUGCAAGACAACUCCUAUCAACAAAUACCCUCCAAUCAUCCACUCAACCGAGUUCUCACCCCCGCGCAAACAUCCGCUACCGGUAAUACCCCGAGGGGGUCCCCUCGGACCUCUCAUGGCAAGAACCCCUUCAUCCAGGUCCCACCAAGGGAACCCUUCCAGUGCAUAGCGUGCAAAGACCCGUCCAAAUUCCGCCCCUUGCACUGGGACUCCAUAAUAUACAUGAUUCUUGACAGGGUCACCCAUCGCAUGCACGUGGGUAACGAGUUUGAACUGCUGAAUCACCAGUGUGCCUACCACACCCGGCCUCUCUUGAUGAACUGGAGCAUGCAUAUUUUGGCUAAGGUCUGGUGUCCUGGCUGGGUCAAUCUGUCUGGAACAGCCAUCACCGACAGAAUCCCGAAGAGCAUCGAGUUCGCAACCCGAGACUUCGUGAUGAAGGCCCUGCAAGCUGGGGUCGUCAGCCAGGAGGACGCCCGCCCCUGGUUGUCAAACUUGCCAUAAAUCAACUGUUCUCUCCUCUCCAUCCGCCAAAAACACCCCAGUGAUUUGGUGUAGCGAGAGAAGGGCGUGUGCAUAGACUUGCAGGAGGAAGUGUGCGAUGGAAUUGCUUUAGAGAGAUAUGUAAUGUAAAUCAUUAUGUUCCGUGUUCCGGCCAACCCAGCACAUCCGGACACGGAACUUAGCCAGGCGGGGGGCACUAACCCAGCCAGGUGAGGAACUAAUUCAUCCGAACGACAAAUUAACUCUGUGAAAUAGGAACUUUGCCAUAAAAUGCGUUGAUGUACAUUGUGCUGCAAUAUCUAUAAUAAAAAUGUUGAAGGACAAA